AUGGCGGACCGAUCAUUGUCCGUGGACUUGGAGUCCUCUCCUCGCAUGCAGCUGGUCAAAAAGUCCAGGUGGCAAUCGAUCUUCGAGAACCCCAAAGUGCUCUUCAUUGCCUUUUUCGCCUCGUUUGGCGGGUUCGAAUAUGGCUACCAGCAGGGUGUUCUUGGACAGUCCCUGGUGAUGUACCGGUUCACUCACAACUUCCCGUCCGUGGUAGCAUCGUCCACCGCAACUGGGUGGUUAACCUCUGUUUUGCAACUGGGAGGAAUCUUAGGGUCUCUGUCCGCAGGUAUUCUGGGAGAAAUAUUUUCUCGAAAGUACACCAUGUUUUUCGCGUGCUGCUGGGUCAUCCUUGGUAGCUAUCUAUAUGUUGGUGCAUCGGCCGGUAACGCGUCUUUGCUUUAUGCUGGGCGUUUCUUCACCGGGUUGGGCGUCGGUCUGUUCAGUGGUGUCGGGCCUCUCUACAACGCCGAACUGGCUGCCCCAGAGAUGCGCGGCUUGCUUGUCUCGUUCUAUCAGUUCGCAACUAUUCUCGGCAUCAUGCUCUCUUUCUGGUGCGGCUACGGCAGCAACUAUAUCGGCGGAACGGGAGAGACGCAGUCCGAUCUCGCCUGGCGUCUACCCUCCAUCGUCCAGGGGAUUCCGGCCGUUUGCUUGGCAUGUGGAAUCUGGUUCAUGCCUUUCUCACCCCGGUGGUUGGUUAAGCAGGGCCGCGACGAAGAAGCUCAGUCCACGCUGGCUUGGAUGCGCAAGCUCCCUGUCGAGCAUGAGCUGGUUCAGGUUGAGUACCUCGAAAUCAAAGCAGAGGCACUAUUUGAAGAGCGUGCAUUUGCCAAAGCCUCACCUAAGCUUGCGGAGAAGGAGCGCCAAAACGUUUUCAUGAAUCAGAUCGCCCAGUAUUCCAACUGCGUUCGCUCGAUGGACAACUUCAAGCGUGUGGCUACGGCUUGGUUGAUCAUGUUCUUCCAGCAGUGGAGCGGUAUCGAUGCCAUUAUUUACUACGCGUCCGAUGUGUUCAAGAGUCUUGGAUUGACUAGUGGCACCAUCGCCCUCUUGGCCACGGGCGUCACGGGUGUCGUUUUCAUUGUUAGCACUGUUCCGGGAAUGCUGGUCAUCGACAAAAUCGGCCGCAAGCCUAUGCUGCUCGCUGGGUCGGCUCUGAUGUGUUCCACCAUGAUCAUUGUCGGAAUUAUCGUCGCGAAAUUCCAACAUGACUGGCCCUCUCAUGUUGCUGCUGGCUGGACCGCCGUUGCGCUUAUCUGGGUAUACAUCGGGAGCUUCGGAGCCACCUGGGGCCCUGUGUCGUGGACUCUGGUUUCCGAAAUUUUCCCACUCUCUAUUCGUGCCAAAGGUGCCUCGAUCGGCGCAUCCAGCAACUGGAUCAACAACUUUGCCAUCGCAUUCUUUGUACCUCCCAUGCUUGAACACUGGCAGUGGGGAACCUAUAUCUUUUUCGCUGUCUUCCUUAUGGGCGGCAUUGUUUGGGUUUGGUUCUUCUUGCCAGAGACCAAGAAUACUACCCUGGAGGAGAUGGACCGGGUAUUCGGAAGCCAUUCGGGAGAGGAAGAUGCCGAGCUUUUGCGGGAUGCCCAGCGCGAGGUUGGCCUGACUGCUUUUGUUGAGAGGAUGGGCAUGGCCACCGGGCGUGAGGUCGAUUCCAAGGAGCCCGGUGAGCAACUCGUCGAGAAGGUCUGA